GGCAAGUUCAGUCGUCUACCGCGUGCCGAGCGGCGAGGAUCGUGCGCUGCCAACACUCCAUUCCGAAUUCCCCCCUUUCGGCUAGCUCUUCGUUCCGUUUGUCGAUCGCGCGCACACCGGGGGGUCUCUCGCAGCCGGUCACGUGUCCCUCUCUCAGCCCAUCUUUCUCGUGCUACAACGCGGCACGCUCGAACGGAAGCGCAGCGAACCGUACCGCGCGCAGAUUCGUCAUGUAAUUCGAAGCUGCGAACAAUUAACGCCGCUUCAGUCUUCUCUUUUUUCUUUUGCCCGUGUCUUUUUUUCGACGAUCAAAGAACAACUUCUCUCUGAAUUCAUAAUUUUCUAUUCUUCUGACAUUUUGUUAAUUUCUUUCUCUCUUUAUGGUUUAUCCGAUAUUUUGAUAUUUGAUUUGUAAUUCUUAGAAAGAAAUUGAAGAUGUGAAGAGAGAGUUUGAUAAUAAGAUAGACAAUGGGUGAUAGAAGUUUUAAUGAAGAUUCAUGAAGUUGAAUGGAUUUUUGAUCGUGUAAUUGAAGGGUGAUUGGAGCGUAAGGUGGUCGUAUGCUGUUUUUGUUCAUCGGUGGUCGAGGGGAAACGGUUCAGUGAGAUGUGAGCCGAGAAUGGAGCUAAAGAUCAGCAUAUUGCUUCUGGCGCUUUUACGCCUCGCCAGCACUCUCGAGAACACGAAGGAGGAGGAAGACGCGGAGGAAGAUGACGAAGAAAAUUAUUCCGUAGAUGACUACGAUUAUGGUGACUACGAAAGUGCAACUAUAAACAGCGAUAUCGAUCUUAUCGCUGGUGGCUCGUUGCCGAUCUUCCUAGCGGAACCCGUUGACACGUUCGUAGUCAAAGGGAAACCGGCUACCCUUCAUUGCCGCGCAGCACACGCUCUUCAGGUGUAUUUUCGCUGUAACGGUGACCGGGCUGAACGUUCGCAGCACCAGGAUUUUGUCGACCCUCGUACCGGAACGAGGGUCGUCGAGGUCGAGUUGAACGUGACGAGGAACGAGGUCGAGGAGUACUUCGGUAGGGAGAGGUUCAAGUGCGAGUGCGUGGCAUGGUCGGGACCAGGUCAGAUUCGAGGGCAGCCUGCUACGGUUGAGGUCGCUUACCUGAAGAAGCACUUCCUGUCGCCGCCGUACUCGCUGUCCGUGGAAGCUGGCCGAAACGCGGAACUUCGUUGCAUGCCACCCUUAGGAGUGCCACAACCGAAAGUCUACUGGCUGAAGAAUGGCACGCCUCUCGAGACAAUGACCAGCUCCACUCCGGUCUCUUCUAUGGCGGACAGCAUCCCCAACGACGUGACAGCGGCCAACAACUUCGUUCAAACCGUAGAUGGACACCUGAUCCUGGGGAAGGCCGAGCUGAGGCAUCAGGGGAAUUAUUCGUGCGUCGCUGAGAACAUUGCUGCCAGGCGGGUCAGUGAACCGGCAGUGCUGACGGUUUAUGUGAACGGCGGGUGGUCUUCCUGGUCAGGAUGGUCAGACUGCAGCACCCGUUGCGGCCGAGGUGUACAAAAGAGAACACGAACGUGCACGAAUCCCGCGGCCAUGAAUGGAGGUCAAGCCUGUCCAGGUCCACUGACGCAGAGGGUCGAGUGCAAUCCCUCCUGUCCCGCGGUCGACGGCAGAUGGUCAAGCUGGUCCUCGUGGUCCGCAUGCGGUCCCGAUUGUUCCAGAGUAAGAAGGAGGUCCUGCAACGACCCCCCGGCGAGCAAUGGUGGUCGUCCCUGUCAAGGCAAGGACGUCAUCGUCGAGUCUUGUUCCAUGGAUCGAUGUAAUGCUUUGGGACAGGACGACCCGCGAGUCUUCAAGGAAGCAACCAGGGCGAUCGAUAAUAGUAACAUACAGGCACUCUGGAUCACUGUCUGCUUAGCAGCGAUCAUUCUGGCAGUAUUAAUGAUCUUCGUGCUGCGCUUUUUGCGUCGAAAAGAACGAAUGGGAGCCCUGUAUGGGAUAGCCAGAUUAGACUUCCGUCGUCCAGAAGAUUUAGCUAAAUCGGUCGUCUCGAAGAACGAUCGUUCGGUUCUUUCUGUAGACAGGCGGCUGGAACAAGUGAUAGACGAGUCAAACGCAUCUAGGAUGCCUAGAUCUUGCUCGGAGCACCACUACGACGUGCCGCAGCUUUCACUGCCCUCGACCACAAGGCCAUCGCCUAGUUCUUCCGUCGCCAGGUCCUCCUGUAGGAACUCCCAGCGUGGCAAAGGCUUAUCUGAUAACGAGGAAGGCCGAUCAUCUCGUUCCACCUGCCAGGCGACCCAGGAGAGCAACAACGAGGACGACGACGACCACGACGACGAGGAGAGACUUGGAGAAGACGACAGAAGCCACGAAGAUUCCGGUGGAUUCAUCGUGAGAGCUGUAGUCGAUGAUCAAGGCGCCCUUCUAGUGGUUCCAGAAGUUGGAGUUUCGAUGUCCAUCUCAGAAGGAGCCAUUUCUCGUGGAAGAAGACACGCUCUACACUUGGCUGUUCUAGGAGACGAUUCUCUGAGACCUGGUCUACCACCUGGUUUGACUCUACUGUCAGCAAUAGUGGCUUGUGGUCCGAAUGGAAUCGACCUGGUGAAGCCUGUGAUCCUCCAAUUUGAACACUGUGCCGAAUUGAGGACUGGAAACUGGGAACUGAGUCUCUGGUCCACGGAUCUUGACUUAGAGACAAAGUCUAACAACUCGAGCAAUUCGUCUACCAGUUCUAGUCUCGCUUCUGGUUCUAUGUGGAGGAAGAUUCUUACACUGGGAGGCGAGCCUAUAAAUCUUCCUGGGCAACCAUUUGCACAAUUAGAUCAUUCUGGAGUGCUUUUGGUCACUGAGAGUCCUAGUGUGUAUGCAGUCGCUGGAGAGAAUUCUGUGAUCGCGCCUGGAUUGGCAGUGAAGAGGAUUUGUGUUGCUGUGUUCCUGUCUCGCGAGAAGGAUCACAUCAGGUGCCAUUUAAUGGAGGACACGAAGGCUGCCUUUAAGCUUGUAGUGGAACAGGAACGUCGAUUAGGCGGUUCCCGAAUCGACCACGGAGCGCUAGGCUUCAGAGCAGGUGGUUCACCACUUCGAAUCGACUUAGAAGACAGAGAAAGCGGGUUCGUCGAGCGUCAAGAGGUUCCACAUCGUCGAAUCUGGUCGUCGACGAGAACCAGUGUGAGAAGAUCCUUCAGGAUCGAGAAAACCGUUGGCGAUUUAAGGCUCAGCUUCGAGCUGCGAGUCUGUCAAUGUGGUUUCGAAGAGCACGCGCUCUUCCUAAGAAUCGAUCUGGAUUUGAUGAAGAGAAAUACUUCUAGUGGAAAGAGAGCCACGAAGUCUGAAUCAUCCAUCGUUUUGCGUGGGAAGAAUUCGAACAGGUCGACCGAAUCAAUUGUUCCCAGACCAUUCAGAUUUUCUAAGACGCUAAGAAGACAGUUGUGUCAGUGUCUCGAUCCGCCAAGUGUGCGAGGAAACGAUUGGAGAAUGUUAGCGCAGAGACUUCAAGUAGAUCGAUACGUUGAUUACUUUGCGACAAAAUCCAGUCCAACAGAGCACAUUUUGGAUCUUUGGGAGGCAAAACAUCAGGAAGCUACGGCUCUCGCGGAUCUUUUGAAUCAUUUAAGACUGAUGGGACGCGUGGACGCUGCCAAUGUCCUCGAAAGUCGCCUAGGUCCAUGGAUCUAACAUCCAUUGCCCAUUAAGCAAACAUUCGUUUACAAUUUUACAAUAUUUUG